GGUUCCCAUCGUCCUCUCACGUCAUCAUCAGGGAGUGAAUGUAGGAGAUGCAGAGACACAUGAGAAUACUGAAUCCGAUGUGUCAGUGCACGCCCCCGUCGCUCCUUAUCUCAGACUAUAUCUCUAUAAAAAGGGCCAGGAUGCGGUAUUUCCACCAGAACCGACACAUCAGCCAGAAGUCAUAUCAUAUUCAAUAAUAUUUGCCUACCUAGAAGCGCCUUUUUUUCGGCAAAAAUGAAGUUUUCAUUUUCUUUAUUCCGCUACUUUUCACACUGUUGAAUAGUUGCCCCGAUGAUUAAAUAGGCGCUCUUACAUUUACAGUCUGUCCUUGAAACUGAGCUCGAUUCCCCGUCACACGUCGGCGGUGAGACUGAGGACACCUGUAGGCUCCAUCCGGCCGGGGAAAAAAUGUACCGCUCAACGAAAGGCGCCUCGAAAGCGCGGAGAGAUCAGAUCAACGCCGAAAUCCGCAACCUGAAAGACCUGCUCCCCAUUUCGGACUCAGACAAGGCUCGCCUGUCCUAUCUGCACAUUAUGUCCCUCGCCUGCAUGUACACAAGAAAAUCUGUCUUUUUUUCUCAAGAUGUAACUGCAGCCAGGAGCCAGGAUGUAAGCUUCAUAUCUCUACCUGAACUCUCUGAGCUCAUGAACACCUUACCAGGUUUCCUUCUUUUGCUGACAAGUGAGGGCAAACUGCUCUAUUUGUCCGACAACGUCACAGAACACCUCGGGCACUCAAUGGUAGAUCUCGUCUCUCAGAGUGACAGUGUCUAUGACAUAAUUGAUCCAUCUGAUCACUUUGUGAUGAGGAACAAUCUUGUGCCAGUUACUACACCUGAUACUGAGCGCCUCUUUCGCUGUCGCUUCAACACUUCAAAGUUUGUGAGAAGGCAGGGCACAGGUAACAAGGUGACUCUGGUACGAGCACGCUGCCUUCCAUUACCCUACCACGCAUCAUCUUACUGGACAUCCAAUGCAGUGUGGGUGUGCUUUUGUUCACCUCUGGAAAACCAGGCAUCAAACCCGGCCAGCACCAGAAACCCGCUCCCUACUCCACCAGCUGAGCAAGUUUUCCAGCUAACCUCCUUCCAUUCUCAACAUAGCCGUGAUAUGAGAAUACAGACAGCUCAAGAUUGUGUCAGUGUCUAUUUGGGCUAUGAUGUGGACACACUACGUUCUCGCUCCUGGUACAGCCUGCUACAUCCUCGAGAUCUUUCUCAUGCCUCUGCACAGCACUGUGCCCUGUUACGUGAAGGAGGAGAGGGGCAGGUAGAGAUGGUAGUUCAAGUAGAGGCAGCUGACCACUCAUGGGUCUGGCUUUAUAUGGUCCUUCAGCUCCAGAAUGGAGAACAACCCAUUACAUGCCAGAACUAUGUCAUUAGUGAGUCUGAAGCAUGGUCUGUGCGUCAGCAACUGAACUCUGAGCAAAACCAGCUGGCUCUCCUGUACCAGGAGGGUGUGGCUCAACAGAUCUCUCAUCCCUUGUCUAGUCCAGAGCAAGUCUUCACACCCAGCAGCAGUGGAUUGUCUGCUCAGUCAUUUGACUUUAGCUUUACUUUCUCUGGGCGCAGCUCCUCUGAGGAACUCCCAGGAACUUCUACCUCUCACUCAGGCCUGCCACAAGGCUCUGGUCCCUGUCCAAACUUCCCCCUAGAUGAUUUUUCCCAACAAAACGUAGGCCACCAAAUAUUCUUACCAGGGAGCACAAAGCUCUCCACAAGGUCAGCUCUUACUCCUCAUUCCUCUCAGACCAUUAUGACUAAUAUGGCAGACCCAGCUACCCAAAACCCUGUGUCUCAUUUACCUCUUUCCAAUCUCUGUUUCUCCAAACCAAACAGCAUAAGGGAAUUGCUUUGCACUCCUCCAUAUACUCCAAGAUUCGGAGGCGGUCGUUUCAUGUUCGGCGAAGAUUUUUUUACACCAGAUUCAGCUAGCAUACUCACCCAAACCAUGCACUCAGCCAAUCAUUCUACCUCCCACUCAACAGAUGUAGGGGUGACACUAUCUGUACAACAUGGCAGCAGGGCUCUAAAUGAGAAGUUACCUCCUACCCCAGAUAGCCCAGCUAAUGAUGAAUGUGUCUUUAUGGCAUUAACAGAGAUCAGAGGGCCUUUGUAUGUAGAUGUCCCUCAUUCCAUUCACCAUGGUCCACCUGAGGGCCUCCUGACCCCAGAGGCUUCUCCUACUGAACAGCGCUGUCUAGGUUUUUUCUCUCAGCAAGCUAGAGAUGAUAGAGCGGAAAUGGAAAUCUCACUAUUGGCUCAGUAUCUCAGUUCAGUUGCUGAGGGCUUCUGGAAAGAUCACUCCCAAUCCAUAUGUUCCUCCUCCCCUGACCUACCGGAACAGAACUGUAAGCUUCUUACUACUGAUUUUCCACCCACCAUGUGCUGUGGAGAAUCUCACUCGUCACUUGAUCAAAAUGAAAUAUCUAUACCGCAAGAAAAAAUUACUAGCCCUCUCCCUUCCUAUCUCUCUUCCCCUUCCCCACUUUCUAUUCCUCACUCCUCCAAUGAGGAUACUCCUCCUGCCCAAGUAAGCACCUGCUCCCAGGGAUACAUUCAGGAGGAGGCCCUUGUUGGUGUGCAGCACCUUCGUAGCGUCCAGUCGACGCACCGUACCAGCACGGUUGGGGGAAGGUCGCUGGAGUCAGGGGCCCAGGAUGAGGGAAAGGCUGUAAUGGAGUGCAUGAUGGAUGAGGAAAUCACUCUCCCAGCCUCCCCACAAUCUACCCUUGCUCCAGAAAAUGACCCUACUCCAAGUCUACCCUGUGCCCAGUCCCUCCUGGAGGAGCUGGUAAACAUGGAACCCGUGUUUGAGGCAGCAGCCUCAGUUAAUCCUGCCUUGAGGCAACAAUCUGAGUUGUAUCAACUCUCUUUCCAAGAGUCACCACAGCACUAUUAUCAAGAUGGAACCAGUGAUCACAUGUUCUAAAAUAAGUCUGUGACUUAAUUGAUGAAGUAUGGCAUAUUGUCAGAGCUUUCGCUGUUUUUUUGCAGAUUACAAAACAAUAUUCUACUUUAAUGAAAAAAGGUUUAUUUUGUGUUUUUACUCAACAAAAUGAAUGUAAGAUGAGCACCUGUAUUCAUGGACUGUCAUUUUGAGAAAACAAAUAAUUAAAUGUAUUCUUGUAAUGGCGACUUUGCAAAGUGCCACUUUGGUAUUCACUUAUAGUGAAGACUGUGUUUUACACAAGGAUAAUAUUGAAGAAUAUUGAAACUUAUUUGUAUCGGUUCUAUUGCACCCAUACACCAUUGUAGAGUUGUCUACAGCAAAGUAGAGGAUUGAUUCCUAAACUGUUGUUAUUUAUUAUUCACAUGAAAUGUUUUGUGUUUGUGCAACUUUAUAAAAAAAAAUAUUUUAUUCUUUAAAAAUGUUAUCAGUGAUAAUAAAGAUCUUACU